AUGCGGUUUCACGGAUUGCUGUUGCUCAGCACGCUGUUUGCGGCGCUGAGCGGUGUGUCGGCUACGCGUGAGGUUCGGGGCGUCCCGCUCCGCGGCAGCACGCAGGAAAAAGCACUGACGUGCCUCUCCUUCUACAAGCCGCUCAAGAAGUUCUGGAAAAUGUGGGAGAAGCGCGAGGGCCCCGGGGGCACGCGCGAUUUCAUCUGGGAGACGCUGGGAUGCGCGCCGUUUAUGCGACCGGCGGUGGAUUGGAAGUAUGGCGAGGAGUUAUUCGUAUCCUGUGCCCGACGCGAAUUCUCGCUGCGCAAUUUCCACGCUCAGGGAAGACUGAACAAGAAAAUCAUCAAACUCAUCCAACGGCAAUUCAAAUUCGACCUCUCGGCGCAAUGCUACAUCGACAAGCACUCGAAGCGCAAAUGCCGCAAUCUGGCGCGCGAGUACCGCGAGCGCGCAAAGGAAAUGGAUCACAUGAUUCUGCUUGCUCUGGGCGACGCCAAGCGCAGUACCAGCAGUAGUAGCAGUAGCAGUGAGGUUGGGGCUAGUACGGGUAGUAUGGCCGCACUGGCUGGCGCUACAGUGCGGCAUCAAUCUCAGCCUCAGGCUGAGCCUCAGACUGCAAACACUACCACCACCACCACCACCACCACAGCACUGCUCCCGCUGCUCGCGGCUGAAAACCAGUUACUCUGGAACGCGACCUCGCUGCACGACACGGCGUGGUGGAAUCUCACGCGCCUGUGGCUCAAGCAGGCUGAUGCCGAGGAUGAUGAUAUGCCCGAGGACAUGGUGGGCUUGGUGGAGCGCGACAUGCAGGCGCUGGAGCUGGAGGAGCGAGCAAAGUUCUGCUAG